GAAACGUGACAGCCAUUUGCACACGGCAGCGUGACUGAAACCGGGAGCUCACCCUCUUAAGAAUCACAGAUGCAGACUGUGGUGCAGGAGGUGAAGCCAGGUUCGGACAAAGCAUGGAAGAGCAGACAAGGGUAGAUAAGGAAGUGGCUGAUGAAAUUGGUUAUCAACUGGUGAGUAACUUUAGGAAUCCACGGUAACACGGGAAUUGUGUCUGAGAUGGGAUUUGGUACCAAGUUACAGAAAGGGCAAAUAGGUAACGUAAGGGGAAGUGCAGGCGGGUGAGUUAGAUAUCUGCAGCAUGAAAAGCCAGCAGGUGAGCUGGUGGUGUGGUGGGGGAAGGGAGAGAAUUGCGCCUAACUGAUCUCUUGGCGUUCCACGAAGAGAUGAACUGAACGUAUAAACAAGGGAGAUUCGAUGGAUGUUUUGAUUUGAAGCCGAGCCUCUGACGCGGUGCUUGCCUGCUCACAGGAGGUUCUUCUGCAUUUUGGAAAGUACAGAAUAGAUGGAGAUGGUACAGGAAGGCACACAGAAUAGUGGUGAAUCUUCUGAAGUAGAAUGGAAAGCCUGAUUUCAAGGAAACAGUGGGGCCAUUGUACAUGGAUGGAGAUACAUGGGCACAUAAGGAGGCAGAGAACCGAGAGGCAAGCGUUAAUCAACGACCGACCAUGAAGGGGAAGUUUCUAUGGCGUCUCCGGCAGAAGUGGAAACUCUUGGGUCUGUUCGAGAUCGACUCAGACCACGAGUUUUACUAUUUUACUUGCGUGAUGAAGGAAGGGUUAGCAGCUGCAGUGCAAAUCUCAAUUGACAACCCCAACCUGAGCACCCUCAGCGACCCGGACUUCAAAGCUGUCCUGACUCAGGUGCAUAAGGGGUUCGAGAUGCAGACGUACGCAGCCUCUGUGUUUGCACAGUUCCGACAGACUCUGGGAAUGACUGAGAAGGAAUACCAGCACUCCUUAGCCUCCGAAGGGUGUUACCUUCAGUUUAUCAGCAACUCCAAGAGCAAGGCCAACUUUUUCCUCACAAAUGACAAGAGGGUAUUCUUGAAAACUCAGAAGAAGCGAGAGAUUAAAUUCCUGCUCUCAAAACUCAAGUCAUACAUCCAACACAUUCAGAACUACCCCCACUCACUCCUCGUCAAGUUUCUAGGUGUUCAUAGUGUCAGUCUGCCACAGGGGCGGAAGAAGUACUUCAUUAUCAUGCAGAGCGUGUUCUACCCGGAUGAAAGAAUCGUCGCCCGAUACGACAUAAAGGGAUGCCAGGUCAGUCGCUGGACAGACCCUUCCCCCGAGGGCAGCCAGAUCAUCGUGGUGCUUAAAGACUUGAACUUCAAGGGCAAUAUGAUUGGUCUGGAUCAGCAGCGGUCGUGGUUCAUUCGGCAAAUUGAAAUCGACACCGAGUUCCUGAAGGGUUGGAAUGUCAUCGACUACAGCCUCCUGGUGGCCUUCCAGCCCCUGCACCCCGAUGAGCGACGCCUGAGCUCGUCAUUUGCCAACAUUAUUCUACGGACCAAGAAGUCGAUGAUCACCGGGGGCAGCCCCACAACUUCCACCCGGGCUCCCAUCCCGGGGCUCGUGGAGGAGGCGUCCUCGGUCCUGGAGAUGGAGCGCGACGCGGAGCUCGGCCAGUCCAAGGAGGUUCCCCCUCACUCCAGGAGCGAGAUCCCGCUGGAGAAGCUGAUGCCCGGGGGGAGCUCGGAGCUGGAAGUGCCCGAGGUUGCGGCACAGAACCGCAGACUGUUGCCCGGCUACAAAAACCCGCUUCACGUCAUCGACGGCACCGAGUUCCGUUACUUUGUGGGCAUCGUCGACAUGUUUACAGUGUACGGCUUCCGGAAGAAGAUCGAGUACCUCUGGAAGUGCAUCCGGCACCGGGGACAAUCCUUCUCCACCGUCAAUCCGGACAAAUACGCCAGGCGCCUGUGCCAGUGGGUUGAUGGUCACAUCGUGUAGCUCUGACCGGAGCUCUGGAUCCGCACAGCGCUUAAAACUGUGCCGUGUACGGUCGGGGGCCGGGGCCGGGGCUGACACAAAGCCCUCGGCAAUGAAAUAGGGCGACAGAAAGGGCAGCGAGACCACUCCUCUGCCGUGCAGUCAGUCUGCUCCUACCCGUCGCUCACUGCCGGAGUGAAGGAAAGCCUCUGAGGGUAGAACGACAGAUACAACGGCCUGGACGAGCGAGCUUUCCUUGCAUGUUGUUGUUAUUAUAGGCGGUUGUAACCACGAGAGAAGCGGGGC